GUGAUUUCGGUUGGUGCAGUUGCCUCUGCACUCCAAACCAACCCCGAUGCCUCUGUCUUCUGGCGCAGGUGCGAACCGGGUGACCUAGUUCACCAAUCGGAAGCAGCAACUGCUGCUACAAAUUCGGCUCACCGAAUUGUGGUGGAUUCCCGUGUGGAUCCAUCUACAAAUCGCCGCCAUGGUUACCAAUGGAUGCGGUCACAGUGGGUUUCCCGUUGGCAGAAAUCCAAUGAGUACAGACAAACCAAGUAUUGGUUCCCUGAACCUGUACCUGAGUUGUCUGCCCAGAUCCUGCGCAAAAGUAGGGAUGACUUUGGCCUUAGGGUGCAAUUCCUUACUGGUCACGGUUGGCUCCAACGCCAUAAAUGGAUAGUAAAGGAGUCCGAGGACGAUUCCUGCCGUCUGUGCAGGGAUGGUCCUGAAGAGCCCUACCACCUUUUCAUGGAGUGUUCUUCCCUUGCGUCUGACCGUCGCAAUAUCCUCGGCAUGUCCCGCACAUCAAUUGGGGACUGGUCUAUCAGGGAGCUUGACCGCUUCCUUGAUCUCCCCCUGGUUCGUAAUCUCCAUGAAUCACUGCCUCCGACAGCUGAGUCCAGGACCCCUGGUGCACCCUCUGGUGCAUCUCCCCUGGGCUCCCCUGCUCAGGAGCAUGGCUGA